UGUUUCGUUUCUGUUCUGUUUCUCUUUCUGUUUACGGUUACAAUUUUAUAGGUUAGGUCAGGUUAGAUUUCCUUGUUACAAGCAAACAGCAAAUUUACACGGAACGAACACCAAACAAUUUCCAUAAUAAUUUAGUAGCAGUGAAGGAGAAGACACAGCAAAUCAAAAACUCCUAAUAUCACAAAAUAAAUCCAGGAGGUUGGAUCAAGAUGUCUGACGAUGAAGACAUCAUUUAUGUCAAGAAGCAGAACACUAUUCACUAUGGCUCUAUUGAAGAACAAGAGAGACAUCGCCUACAGUCCAUGCCUCUGGUACCACCAGGCGAGGAGUCCAUGGAGGAAGCACCUAUCUCGCCAGCUCCAGCAGGGCAAAUCCAUACAUCGGACGAAUACAUGGAAUUGGAAGAAGAAAUGUCUAAAGAUAAGCAAGCUCUUUUGGAAGAGUUUGAACGCAGAAAGAAAGCACGCCAAGUGAAUGUCUCUACAGAUGAUUCUGAAGUAAAGAAAAACCUACGGCAGCUGGGUGAACCUAUAUGCUUAUUUGGUGAAGGGCCUGCAGAGCGACGUAGCCGCCUAAGAGAUUUACUUUCCAGGUUAGGAGAAGAUGCCAUUCAAAGAAAACAGGAAGAAGAGGAAGAGAGAAUACAACAAGAGAAAGAUCAAGAAACUACUUGGUACCAUGAAGGUCCUGAAAUUCUUAAAGAUGCAAGAUUGUGGAUUGCAGAGUAUUCUUUGCCGAGAGCUCAACACAGACUAAAGGCAGCUCAAGAAGAAGCUGGACUCCCAGAAGCAACUGUGACAGCAAGGAAGCAAGAACUGCAAAAGUUUAUCACAUCACUGACUAUUUAUUGUAGUCAGAUCGGUGAUACAAGGCCUUUGUCUUAUUGCAGCUUUAGUCCAGACUCGACCAUGCUAGCAACAUCUUCUUGGAGUGGACUUUGCAAAUUAUGGUCAGUGCCAGAUUGUCAGCAAGUAUGCACACUAAAAGGUCACACUUGUAAUGUCGGCGCCAUUGUCUUUCACCCAAAGGUCGGACUGCAGGAUACUGUCUGUGGUCUUGCCUCAUGUGCUGUUGAUGGAUCUGUCAAGCUUUGGACUCUAGAGAGUGAGGAUCCCCUUGCAGAUAUUGAAGGUCAUGUAGCCAGGGUGUCUCGGAUAGAGUUCCAUCCUAGUGGCAGGUUCCUUGGCACCUGCAGUUUUGACCAUUCCUGGAGAUUGUGGGAUCUAGAAGUAGGACAAGAAGUAUUGCAUCAGGAAGGCCACUGCAAACCUGUUUACUGCAUCAGUUUUCAGGGCGAUGGUUCUGUAGCUGCUACCGGAGGGAUGGAUGCAUUUGGAAGAGUUUGGGAUUUAAGAACAGGUCGUUGCAUCAUGUUCAUGGAAGGCCACCUCAAGUCCAUCUAUGGCAUAGAUUUUUCACCUGAUGGAUAUCACAUUGCCACUGGAAGUGAAGACAAUACAUGUAGAGUCUGGGACUUGCGUAAACGAGCUUGUAUCUACACAAUCCCAGCACAUAUGAACUUAUUGAGUCAUGUCAAGUACCAACGAACUGGAGGUCACUUCUUAAUCACCUCUUCCUAUGACAACACUGCAAAGGUAUGGUCAGACAAAACAUGGCAAUCACUGAAAACUCUUCAAGGACAUGAUGGAAAGGUCAUGUGUCUCGAUAUUACACCGGACUCCAAAUAUAUCGUGACUUGUUCCUAUGACCGCACAUUUAAGCUAUGGGCACCUGAGUAGUCCCAGCCGUUUGAAUUAUUUAACAUUGUAAAUAGUAAAUGAUUUUUUUAUAUA